GACGACGCCUAGGAAAGCAGUUGGAAACAGCUGGCUCCUCCUGUAACCAGCCUUUCUUGGGGAAAUCCUUCUACCUGGACCUGCCAAACAACAAGAACACACAGUUUCUGCUGGAAACCAUAAAGCAUCUGGGUGGGAUGAUCGAAAGCUUUCUGAGCAAAGAAGUCAGCUACGUGGUUUCCAGCAGCAAAGAGGCCAAACUAGACAGCAGGCCUGGGAGGCAGACCAAAAAACAAAGCAGCACUGCCUCCUGGGAUGACAAGGCAAAGAUCCUGCCCUCUGUUGCAUCCAAAGGGGGGUGCCAUGCAAGGCCUUCUCCCAAGCCAGCAAACAGUGUAAAUACUGCUCUGAUCAGCAGGGGAAAGGAGCUGCUGCAAAAAGUCAUAAGGAACCAGGACACCUGGGCUGGCAGUAGCAUCCUUGCCAAUGCUCGCUCCUGGGGUGUCCGGAUCCUGCAUGUGGACGAAAUGAUGGCCUACAUUCAGCAACUGCUGCUCACCAUGUCAGGAGCAAGGAAAUCCAGUCAGAAGAUGGAGGUAACAAGUCUUGCAUUUGGGCCAAGAGUUCCUAAAGUGGGAAAAUUGAAGCCUCCAUUUCUGAAGAUUGAAGACCAGAGCAGGCGAUUCAGGCCCUUACACCACCAGUUCAAGAGCUUCCCUGAUCUGAACUUCUUGGCACCAAAAGAUUGCAGCCCAUUUGAGCCUCUGAAAAGCCCCUCAAGCUCCUGCAAAACCAGAGUCCCUGAGGGCUGUAUGAUUCUCAGUGAGAGAGAGAGGAGCCCCCAGUCCACUCCACCAACUGUGCCGAAAAAGAGGAAGGGGUUUUGUGAGUGCUGUCAGGAGACCUUUGAAGAUCUACAGCUGCACCUUCAAAGCUCCCACCACAGGCAGUUUGCACUGGAUGACUCUCAAUAUGCAGCUGUAGACCAUCUCAUCUCUCAGCUCAUCAAUGACUUUGUAGAGCUCCCAGCUUGGUUCUCAUCAUCCAGUGUAUCUUGCUCUUCCGCAGCAGAUGCAUGUUCCAGUUCUCAAGCAAAUGCCAUGACCGCACCAGCUGCAGGACUGGGGAGGAAGGACCUGCAGGCUGGGAAAGACCUCUGCCUCAGUGCAGAAGACAGGCUCAGCUUGUUGAAUGGGGAAUGUCCCCCAAGUCCUGAAGAGAAGCCCAGUGAGAGAGUUGACCAGCCCUGUCCUGUUCUGGAACUGCCUGCUAAGGACUGCCUCUUAGGGCUGUCUACAAAGCCAGUGCUACAGACUGGGCCCCCUGCUGGAGACAGGCCAGCUAAAAAAGUCCUUGCUGUGUGCAGCAAUACAGACGGGGCUGCUGUGAUUGGUGCUGCUGGCUCAGACCCUGCUCCUGAUCUCAACCAUGGGACCUGUUGCAGUAGUGGGGAGAGAGCUGCCUGUUCACCUGGAUCUGCUCCCCAGCAAGCGCUCAGACCCACAAGCUGCUGUCCAAGAGAAUUGUCCUGCUCUAGGAAACGUAAACUUUCUUCCUCUCCAAGUGCAUGUGUGGAAAAGAAGCGGAAGAUGCAGCUGGGUAGUGAUCCCCUCUGUCUGGAUAUAUGGACAGGCUCAACGGUCUGCAGGCUGGUUCAUCAGGGAGUGGGGCAGGCUGCUUUGAGGCACAGCGUUCUGGCUGUGGCCAGGGCUGACAGAACUGCUCCAUCAUGCACUUCUAGAGCGGCAGAGCUCUCGCUACCUUCCAGCAGGCCCUGCAGUUCCCCUGCCCUAUGGGUGCUUCAUAACCAGGACCCUGGGGAUCCCAAAUCACCAUCAGACCUCCUAGGGCCUGCUUCCAUGGAUGUUGUCUCCCUAGAGGCAGUCCAGGUGAGCACAGCCACUCUGUGUAACCAGGCCAAAGGGCAUCAAAGCUACCAAGGUGGGCAGCCCAAAGAGGACACAGUGUCUCCUUGCCAAGUGCAUGACUCUGGCCUUGAGCUUCAUUCUGCCCUGAGCCAGUCUGGCUGUCCCACCUGGCAUGGCCCCGUAGCUGCCAAAAGGGAGCACUGCAGCUCUCCCAGUGUCUGCUGUGUUGGACUAGUUGAGAGUGUGGUACCUGAGACUGCCAAUGCCAGAGACCACUGUACAAGCAUGGCCAUUCAUCCCGGUGUCCUCCAGCCUCUCCCGUCUAACCCACAGGCUUGUCCUGACCUUGAAAAUUUGACCACCUCCUCCUCAGGGUCAGACUGGGACAUUCAGCUAUUCUCUACUCUUGAUAGUCUCCAAAGCACCAGGAUACAGUCCAUAGAUGGGGAGAUGCUCAGGAGGACCUGUAUUGAUGUGAGAGAGAGUGGAUACGAGUCCCAUCUCUACUCUGUGUUGAAGCAGAAGCCAGAACUGGAUUGGGCAGGUAAAGAUGAUAAGAGUCACUGGAACUGUCGUACAGAAAUGGAAGGAACCCCUUACCUAAGUUUGAGGCCUGCUUGGACAGCUGGACCAGCUAGGCAUUAGCUCAUGACUUGCUGUAUAGGCCCUUAAAAUUCUAUGGCUCACCAACUGAGUCCUGUCACAAAGGGCACCCAGCUGAAUUUGCUGUGGCAUCUGAUUUCCUUGGUGUUAACAGAAAGCCUGUGCCUGGUCAGAGAAGAACUGGGCCAGAUCAUAACAUUUGUUUGGGAGUGCUGCUCUUCUGGUGGAAGUAGUCACCACUGUAUCUGCAACAAAGUUUGGGGACUGCUUGCACCCUUGGACAGUUCCAACUUGAAGAUUCCCCAGCCUGACCCAGCCAGCAUGGGCAAAAUGAGCACUUAACAGGCCAUCUUCCCAUUAAGCAACAUUGUGUAUCCUCAUGUCCAGUUCCCAAAAUGAGUCUGCAUAAGUGAAUGCUGUGGUGAUCAGACCCUAUGCUGUGCUUUGCAGAAUGUGUCUUGUGGGAGAAGGGGUAGAAUUGCAUGAGUACUACUGUCUCUUUCGGUUGUGGCACAACUGCAAACAUGAAUUGGACACUACAAUGAAUUAGACCAGUUGGGCCAUAGAAAAAGCUGACUUCCUCUAGAAGUGACUCUGCUCUGAGCAGGAUGAGCUCUUAUGGGCUCUAUCACAUUCUCUUCACUAUUUUCCCAUAUCUCCAGAGACUACUGCACUUCCUCCUUGUGGUGCUGUUAAUGAGGAGAAACGGAGAUGAUGCCUGUAUUGAUUCUCUAUCGGUGUCUUGUUUAGCUCAUGCUCUGCCUGGCAUGUGGUCUGAUCUCUCUCUUCUGUCUCAGUCUUAGUGGGCUGGAAAUUGCAGACAUUUGUCUAGUAUUUAAUCUCUUGUUUUUAGAAAAUUUUAAAAAGUGGAAUAAACUGAGUGCUGAUCAA